AUGUCUAGAAUGAUGCCGGCCUCCAGAGAAUACCUUCUUUCCAAGCAUAAGCUGAACGAGCUCAAGAAGAUCGAAGCUUUUGUUGCAGAAUGCGUCGAGAUCAACGUGCCAUUCAACAACCCAAUUACUGGGGUCUGUGCAUUAACCCACAAGGCUGGCAUCCAUGCCAAGGCAAUCCUCAACGACCCGUCCACGUAUGAGAUCCUCAAGCCCGAGGAUUUCGGUCUAUCAAGAUACGUGCACUUCACGUCGAGUCUCACGGGAUGGAACGCCAUCAAGAGUCGUGUUGACCAACUUUGUCUCAAGAUGACCGACGCCCAGGUUAAGGAAUGCACGGCCAAGCUUGAGAGCAUGGCGGAUCUCAAGGUGAUGGCACUUGAUGAGAGCGAUGCCCUGAUCAGAAGCUUUCACUUAAAACUACAAAAUGAAAAUGGAGCAUAG